AUGGUCGGUGAACUUCCUGAGCAAUCCAAAGCCAGUCUUGAGGAUUCAUUAGAGAGCCUCACCAUUCAGAAACACAAGCCAGACCCUGAUAUUGCGCGGCUGGCCGUGUCCAAGACACAACCUCCUAAGACAGGGAAGGGUGGCGAUGAAGGAAAGAAGAAGACGAAAAAGAAGGAGAUAGUAGCCGAUUCAUGGGAAGACGAGAUGUCUUCUUCUGAAGCAGAACCAGAAUCAGAGAAGGAAGACGAAAGAGUGACAACAGCGAAACCAGGCGUCAGUUCACUGGCAUCAAAAUCCGAGGGCCCAUUAGCCCCUCCACCAACACCAGCACCAAACACAUAUUAUAAUACAUCUCCUCAUCCAACUGCAACUGCAACCAGCGAUAGAAGCACACGGACUGUCAGACCGGAGAAACAGACCGCGGUAGCAAGCAGGAUGAUUGCCGGUGCCUUGGGGAUACGGGCACCGAAGCGCACAGAAGAACAACGCGCUUAUGAUAGAGCUAUGAAAGAAAAGGAGAUGAAACGGAGGAAUAGGGAAAAGGAGGAGGAAGCAAAAGCAAAACAAGAAGAGGAACGUGCGAAGGCGGCUGUAUGGGAUGCAUGA